UAUCACGGAAUCCGGCCGACUCUAUUCACCACCGAUAAUAGAGUCUAUUGAUCUUAUUCUUCACGGAUGAUAAAUGCAUUAAGCACCAGUUUGGGCCUAUUUAUUUUUGGAUGGCAUUUUCACAAUUUUUUGGGCGACGAAAGACCAUUUUCUUUGGAUUUUAAAGGCUACAGGUCACAGAUUCGACAUGAGGCUAUUCUUCAAUGAUGAUUAAGUCCAUCAAACACCGAUUUGGGUGGAUUUAUUAAGGGUCAAUUUUUGGCAGAUUCAAAAGGGGUACCAUCACAGAUUUUAGAUGAUUUAUCCGAAAAGCCAUUUUCUUUCGAUUCUAGAGGCUACAGAUCACGGAAUCAGGCCGAGGCUAUUCUACACCGAUAAUGUAGUCUGAUCCUAUUCUCUACGGAUGAUAAGUGCAUUAAGCACCGGUUUGGACCAAUUAUUUUCGGAUGACAUUUUCGUAAUUUUUGGGCGACAAAAGACCAUUUUCUUUAGAUUUUGAAGGUUACAUAAUCACGGAUUUCGCCUGAGAAUAUUCUUCAAUGAUAGUUAAGUCCAUUAAGCACCGAUUUGGGAGGAUUUAUUUGGAGUCAAUUUGUAGCAGAUUCCAAAGGGGUACCAUCAGAGAUUUUCCGAAAUGCAAUUUUAUUUCGAUUCCGGAGGCUACGGAUCACGGAAUCAGGCCGAUUCUAUUCUCCACCAAUAAUAAAGUCUAUUGAUCUUAUUCUCCACGGAUGAUUAGUGCAUUAAGCACAGGUUUGAGCCUAUUUUUUUCGGGUGGCAUUUUCACAAUUUUUUGGGCGACGAAAGACAAUAUUCUUUGGAUUUUGAAGGCUACAGGUCACAGAUUCGGUGUGAGGCUAUUCUUCAAUGAUGAUUUAGUCCAUUAAAAACCGAUUUGGGCGGAUUUAUUCAGAGUCAAUUUUUGCCAGAUUCAAAAGGGGUACCAUCACAAAUUUUGGGCGAUUUAUCCGAAAAGACAUUUUCUUUCUAUUCUGGAGGCUACAGAUCAUGGAAUCAGGCCGAGGCUAUUCUCCACCGAUAAUUAAUUCUAUUGAUCCUAUACUCCACGGAUGAUAAGUGAUUUAAGCACCGGUUUGGGUCAAUUUAUUUUCGGAUGGCAUUAUCACAAUUUUUUGAACGACGAAAGACCAUUUUCUUUGGAAUUUGAAGGCUACAGGUCACAAAUUCGGCGUGAGGCUAUUUUUCAACAAUGAUUAAGUCCAUUUAGCACCGAGUAGGACAGAUUUGUUCUAGUUCAAUUAUUGGCAGAUUCCAAAUGGGUACCAUCACGAAUUUCGGGCGAUUUUUCCGAAAUGCCAUUUUCUUCCGAUUCUGUAGGCUACAGAUCACGAAAUCAGGCCGAGGCUAUUCUCCACCGAUAAUGUAGUCUAUUGAUACUAUUCUCUACGGAUGAUAAGUGCAUUAAGCACCGGUUUGGGCCAAUUAUUUUCGGAUGACAUUUUUGUAAUUUUUGGGGGACGAAAGACCAUUUUCUUCGGAUUUUGAAGGUUACAUAAUCACGGAUUUCGCCUGAGAAUAUUCUUCAACGAUGGUUAUGUCCAUUAAGCACCGAUUUGGGAGAAUUUAUUUGGAGUCAAUUUUUGGCAGAUUCCAAAGGGGUACCAUAAGAGAUUUCGGGCGAUUUUUCCGAAAUGCAAUUUUAUUUCGAUUCCGGAGGCUACGGAUCACGGAAUCAGGCCGAUUCUAUUCUCCACCAAUAAUAAAGUCUAUUGAUCUUAUUCUCCACGGAUGAUAAGUGCAUUAAGCACAGGUUUGAGUCUAUUUAUUUUCGGGUGGCAUUUUCACAAUUUUUUGGGCGACGAAAGACAAUUUUCUUUGGAUUUUGAAAGCUCCAUGUCACAGAUUCGGCACGAGGCUAUUCUUCAAUGAUGAUUUAGUCCAUUAAACACCGAUUUGGGCGGAUUUAUUCAGAGUCAAUUUUUGCCAGAUUCAAAAGGGGUACCAUCACAAAUUUCGGACGAUUUAUCCGAAAAGACAUUUUCUUUCUAUUCUAGAGGCUACAGAUCAUGGAAUCAGGCCGAGGCUAUUCUCUACCGAUAAUUAAGUCUAUUGAUCCUAUACUCCACGGAUGAUAAGUGCAUUAAACACCGGUUUGGGUCAAUUUAUUUUCGGAUGACAUUUUCACAAUUUUUUGGUCGACGAAAGACCAUUUUCUUUGGAAUUUGAAGGCUACAGGUCACAGAUUCGACGUGAGACUAUUUUUCAACAAUGAUUAAGUCCAUUUAGCACCGAGUAGGAUAUAAUUAUUCUGGUUCAAUUAUUGGCAGAUUCCAAAUGGGUACCAUCACAGAUUUCGGGCGAUUUUUCCGAAAUGCCAUUUUCUUCCGAUUCUGUAGGCUACAGAUCGAGGAAUCGGCCCGAGGAUAAUCUCCACUGAUAAUGAAGUCUAUUGAUCAUAUUCUCCACGAAUGAUGAGUGCAUUAAUCAACGGUUUGGGCCAAUUUAUUUUCGGAUGUCAUUUUUGUAAUUUUUUGGGCGUCCAAAGGCCAUUUUCUUUGGAUUUUGAAGGUUACAGGUCACAGAUUCAGCAUGAGGCUAUUCUUCAACAAUGAUUAAGUCCAUUAAGCACUGAUUUGGGUGGAUUUAUUCCAGAUAAUUUUUUGUUAGAUUCCAAAGGGGUACCAUCACAGAUUUCGUGCGAUUUUUCCGAAAUGUCAUUUUCUUUCGAUUCUGGAGGCUACUGAUCAAGGAAUCAGGCAGAGGUUAUUCUACACCUAUAAUGAAGUCUAUUGAUCCUAUUCUCCACGGAAGAUAAGUGAAUUAAGCACCGGUUUGGGUCAAUUUAUUUUCGGAUGUCAUUUUCGUAAUUUAUUGGGCGAAGAAAGACCAUUUUCUUUGGAUUUUGAAGGCCACAGUUCACGAAUUCGGUCUGAGGUUAUUCUUCAAUGAUGAUUUAGUCCAUUAAGCUCCAGUUUGGGCGUAUUUAUUCCGUGUCAAUUUUUGGCAGAUUCCAAAGGGGUACCAUCACAGAUUUCGAGCGAUUUUUUCGAAAUGGCAUUUUCUUUCGAUUCCGGAGGCUACAGAUCACGGAAUAUGCACGAGGUUAUUCUCCAAUGAUAAUGAAGUCUAAUUGAUCCUAUUCUCCACGAAUGAUGAGUGCAUUAAUCAACGGUUUGGAACAAUUUAUUUUCGGAUGUCAUUUUUGUAAUUUUUUGGGCGUCGAAAGGCCAUUUUCUUUGGAUUUUGAAGGCUACAGAUCACAGAUUCGGUCUAAGGCUAUUCUUCAACGAUGAUUAAGUCCAUUAAGCGCCGAUUAGGGUGGAUUUAUUCUGGGUCUAUUUUUGGCAGAUUCCAAAGGGGUACCAUCAUAUAUUUCAGGCGAUUUUUCGAAAAAUGCAAUUUUCUUUCGAUUCUGGAAGCUGCAAAUUACGAAAUCAGUCUGAGGCUAUUCUCCGCCGAUAAUAAAGUCUAUUGAUCCUAUUCUUCCCGGAUGAUAAGUCCAUUAAGCACCGUUUUGGGCCAACUUAUUUUCGGAUGACAUUUUCGUAAUUUUUUGGGCGACUAAAGGCCAUUUCCUUUGGAUUUUGAAGGCUACAAAUCACAGAUUCGGCCUGAUGAUAUUCUUCAACGAUAAUUAAGUCCAUUAAGCACCGAUUUGGGACAACUUAUUUUUGGAUGGCAUUUUCGUAAUUUUUGGGCGACGAAAGGACUUUUUCUUUGGAUUUUGAAGGCUACAGAUCACGGAUUUGCCCUGAGGCUCUUCUUCAACAAUGAUUAAGUCCAUUAAGCGCCGAUUUGGGCGAAUUUAUUUCGGGUCAAUUUUUGGCAGAUUACAAAGAGGUACCAUUACAGAUUUCGGGCGAUUUUUCCUAAAUGCCAUUUUCUUUCGAUUCUGGGGGCUGCAGAUCACGAAAUUAAGCGAGGCUAUUCUUCACCGAUAAUGAAGUAUAUUGAUCAUAUUCUCCACGGAUGAUAAGUUCAUUAAGCACCGAUUUGGGCGAACUUAUUUUCGGAUGGCAUUUUCAUAAUUUUGUGGCGACGAAUGACCGUUUUCUUUUGAUUUUGAAGGCUACAUAUCACGGAUUCGGCCUGAGGCUAUUCUUGACCGAUGAUAAAGUCCAUUAAGCGCUGAUUUGGGCGGAUUUAUUUCGUGUCAAUUUUUGGGAGAUUCCAGAGGGGUACCAUCAUAGAUUUCGGGUGAUUUUUCCGAAAUACCAUUUUCUUUCGAUUCUUGAGGCUGCAGAUCAUGGAAUCAGGCCGAUGCUAUUCUCCACGGAUGAUAAGUCCAUUAAGCACCGAUUUGGGCCAACUUAUUUUAAGAUGUCAUUUUUCAUAAUUUUUUGGGGUACUAAAGACCAUUUUCUUUGGAUUUUGAAGGCUACAGAUCACGGAUUCGGCUUGAGGCUAUUCAUCAACGAUGAUUAACCCCAUUAAGCGCCAAUUUGGGCGGAUAUUUUUCGGGUCAAUUAUUGGCAGAUUCCCAACGUGUACCAUAUAAAAUUUAGGGCUAUUUUUCUGAAAUGCCAUUUUCUUUCGAUUCUGAAGGCUGCAGAUCACGAUAUCAAGCCAACGAUAUUCUCCACCGAUAAUGAAAUCUAUUGAUCCUAAUGUCCACGGAUGAUAAGUCCAUUAAUCUCCGAUUUGGGUCAAUUUAUUUUUCGGAUGACAUUUUUCGUAAUUUUUUGGGCGAGGAAAGACCAUUGUCUUUGAAUUUUGAAGGCUACACAUCACGGAUUCGGCCUAAGCGCCGAUUUGGACGAAUUUAUCCUGGGUAAAUUUUUUGCAGAUUCCAAAGGGGUAGCAUCACAGAUUUCAGGCUAUUUUUCCGAAAUGCAAUUUUCUUUCGAUUCUGGAGGCAGCAGAUCACGGAAUCAGACCGAGGCUAUUCUCCACCGAGAAUGAAGUCUAUUGAUCCUAUUCUCCACGGAUGAUAAGUCCAUUAAGCACAGAUUUGAGCCAAUUUAUUUUCAGAUGGUAUUUUCGUAAUUUUUUGGGCGACGAAAGACCAUUUACUUUGGAUUUUGAAGGCUAUAGAUCACGGAUUUGAGAUGAGGCUAUUCUUCUACGAUGAUUAAGUACAUUAAGAGACGACUAGGGAGGAUUUAUUCUGGGUUAAUUUUUGGCAGAUUCAAAAGGGGCACCAUCACAGAUUUUAGGCGAUUUUUCUAAAAUGCCAUUUUCUUUCGAUUCUGUAAGUUGCAGAUCACGGAAUCAGGACGAGGCUAUUCUCCACCGAUAAUGAAGUCUAUUGAUCCUAUUCUCCACGGAUGAUAAGUCCAUUAAGCACCGAUUUGUUUUCGGAUGGCAUUUUCUUAAUUUUUUGUGCGACGAAAGGCCAUUUUCUUUGGAUUUUGAAGGCUAUAGAUCACAUAUUUGGCCUGAGGCUAUUCUUCAACGAUAGUGAAGUCCAUUAAGCGCCAAUUUGGGAGGAUAUUUUCCGGGUCAAUUUUUGGCAGAUUCCCAAGGGGUACGAUAUAAAAUUUCGAGCGAUUUUUCCGAAAUGCCAUUUUCUUUCGAUUCUAAAGGCUGCAGAUCACGGUAUCAGGCCAAGGAUAUUCUCCACCGAUAAUGAAAUCUGUUGAUCCUAUUAUCCACGGAUGAUAAGUCCAUUAAGCACCAAUUUGGGCGAAUUUAUUUUCGGAUGGCAUUUUGUAAUUUUUUCGGCGACGAAAGGCCAUUUUCUUUGGAAUUUGAAGGCUACAGAUCGCAGAUUCGGUCCGAGGCUAUUAUUUGGGCGAAUUUAUUCCAGGUCAAUUUUUGGCAGAUUCCAAAGGGGCAGAAUCACAUAUUCCGUGCGAUUUUUCCGAAAUGCCAUUUUCUUUCAAUUCUGGAGGCUGCAGAUCAGAGAAUCAGGACGAGGCUAUUCUCCACCGAUAAUGAAGUCUAUUAAUCCUAUUCUCCACGGAUGAUAAGUCCAUUAAGCAUUGGUUUGGGCCAAAUUAUUUUCGGAUGGCAUUUUCAUAAUUUUCUGGGCGAUGAAAGGCCAUUUUCUUUGGAUUUUGAAGGCUACAGAUCACGGAUUCGACCUGAGGCUGUUCUUCAACGAUGAUUAAAUGCAUUAAGCAUCGAUUUGGGCGGAUUUAUUCCGGGUCAUUUUUUGGUAGAUUCCCAAGGGGUACCAUCACAAAUUUCGGGCGAUUUUUCCGAAAUGCCAUUUUCUUUCGAUUGUGGAGGGUGCAGAUCACGAAAUCAGGCCGAGGCUAUUCUCCACCAAUAAUGAAGUCUAUUGAUCAUAUUCUCCACGGAUGAUAAGUCCAUUAAGCAUCGAUUUGGGGCAACUUAUUUUCGUAUGUCAUUUUCGAAAUUUUUUGGAUGACAAAAGGCCAUUUUCUUUGGAUUUUGAAGGCCUGAGGAUAUUCUCCAACUAUAAUUAAGUCCAUUAAGCUCCGAUUUGGGCGAAUUUAUUCCAUGUCAAUUUUUGGCAGAUUCCAAAGGGGCAGAUUCACAGAUUUCGGGCGAUUUUUCCAAAAUACCAUUUUCAUUCGAUUUUGGAGGUUGCAUAUCACGGAAUUAGGCGAUGCUAUUUUCCGCGAUUUGGGCGGAUUUAUUUCGAGUCAAUUUGAAGUCCACGGAUUCGUUCUGAGGGUAUUCUUCAACGAUAAUUAAGUCUUCAAGAACCAAUUUGGGCUGAUAUAUUCCGAGUCAAUUUUUGGCAGAUUUUAAAGGGGUACCAUCACAGAUUUCGGUAUAUUUUUCCUAAAUUCAAUUUUCUUUCGAUUCUGGAGGCUGCAAAUCACGAAAUCAAGCCGAGGCUAUUCUCCACCAAUAAUGAAGUCUAUUGAUCCUAUUCUCCACGGAUGAUAAGUCCAUUAAGCACCGAUUUGGGCCAAUUUAUAUUUGGAUGGCAUUGUCGUAAUUUUUUGGCAUACGAAGGGCCAUCUUCUUGGGAUUUUGAAGGCUACAGAUCACAGAUUCGGUUUGAUGCUAUUCUUCAACGAUAAUUAAGUCCAUUAAGCACCAAUUUGGGCGGAUUUAUUUCGGGUCAAUUUUUGGCAGAUUCCAAAGGGGGUACCAUAACAGAUUUUGAGCGAUUUUUCCGAAAUGCCAUUUUCUUUCGAUUCUGGAGGCUACAGAUCACGGAAUCAGGCCGAGGCUAUUCUCCACCAAUAAUGAAGUCUAUUGAUCCUAUUCUCCACGGAUGAUAAGUCCAUUAAGCACCUAUUUGUUUUCGGAUGGCAUUUUCUUAAUUUUUUGUGCGACAAAAGGCCAUUUUCUUUGGAUUUUGAAGGCUAUAGAUCACGGAUUCGGCCUGAGACUAUUCUUGAACGAUGAUCAAGUCCAUUAAGCGCCGAUUGGGUCGGAUUUAUUCCGGGUCAAUUUUAGGAAGAUUCCAAAGGGGUACCAUCACAGAUUUCAGGCGAUUUUUCCGAAAUGCCAUUUUCCUUUGAUUCUGGAGGCUGAAGAUCACAGAAUCAAGCCGAGGCUAUUCUCCACCGAUAAUGAAGUCUAUUGAUCUUAUUAUCCACGGAUGUAAGUCCAUUAAGCACCGAUUUGGGCCAACUUAUUUUCGGAUGACAUUUUUUUUAAUUUUUUGAGCGAACGAAAGGCCAUUUUUUUUUUAUUUUGAAGUCCACAGAUUACGGAUUCGGCCUGAGGCUACUCUUCAACGAUAAUUAAGUCCAUUAAGCACCAAUUUGGGAGGAUUUAUUCCGGGUCAAUUUUUGGGAGAUUCCAAAGGGGUACUAUUACAGAUUUCGGUAGAUUUUUACGAAAUGCCAUUUUCUUUCGAUUUUGGAGGAUGCAUAUCACGGAAUCAAACCUAGGCUAUUCUCCACCGAUAAUGAAGUCUAUUGAUCCUAUUCUCCAAGGAUGAUAAGUCCAUUAAACACCGAUUUGGGACAAUCUAUUUUCGGAUGACAUUUUCGAUAAUUUUUGGGUGACGAAAGGCCAUUUUAUUGGGAUUUUGAAGGCUACAGAUCACGAAUUCGGCCUGAGGCUAUUCUUCAACGAUGAUUAAGUCCAUUAAGCGCCAAUUUGGGCGGAUUUAUUCCUCGUCAAUUUUUGGCAGAUUCCAAAGGGGUACCAUCACAGAUUUCGGGCGAUUUUCCAAAAUGCCAUUUUUUUCGAUUCUGGAGGCUGCAGAUCACGGAAUCAAUCCGAGACUGUUCUCCACCGAUAAUGAAGUCUAUUGAUCCUAUUCUCCACGAAUGAUAAGUCCAUUAAUCAUCGGUUUGGGCCAAAUUAUUUUCGAAUGGCAUUUUCGUAAUUUUCUGGGCGAUGAAAGACCAUUUUCUUUGGAUUUUGAAGGCUACAGAUCACGGAUUCGACCUGAGGCUGUUCUUCAACGAUGAUUAAAUGCAUUAAGCAUCAAUUUGGGCAGAUUUAUUCCGGGUAAUUUUUUGGUAGAUACCAAAGGGGUACCAUCACAGAUUUCAGGCGAUUUUUCCGAAAUGCCAUUUUCUUUCGAUUCUGCAGGCUGCAGGUCACGAAAUCAGGCCGAGGCUAUUCUCCACCGAUAAUGAAGUCUAUUGAUAAUAUUCUCCACGGAUGAUAAGUCCAUUAAGCACCGAUUUGGGCCAACUUAUUUUCGUAUGUCAUUUUCGUAAUUUUUUUGGUGACAAAAGGCCAUUUUCUUUGGAUUUUGAAGGCUACAGAUCACGGAUUCGACCUGAGGAUAUUUUCCAACGAUAAUUAAGUCCAUUAAGCUCCGAUUUGGGCGGAUUUAUUCCUCAUCAAAUUUUGGGAGAUUCCAAAAGGGUACCAUCACAGAUUUUGGGCGAUUUUUCCGAAAUGCCAUUUUCUUUCGAUUGUGGAGGCUGCAAAUCACGGAAUCAAGCGAGACUAUUCUCCACCAAUAAUGAAGUCUAUUGAUCCUAUUCUGCACGGAUGAUAAAUACAUUAAUCAUCGGUUUGGAUCAAAUUAUUUUCUAAUGACAUUUUUUUAAUUUUUUGAGCUAACGAAAGGCCAUUUCUUUUAUUUUGAAAUCCACAGAUCACGUAUUCGGCCUGAGGCUACUCUUUAACGAUAAUUAAGUCCAUUAAGCACCAAUUUGGGAGGAUUUAUUCUGGGUCACUUUUUUGCAGAUUCCAAAGGGGUACCAUUACAGAUUUCGGUAGAUUUUUACGAAAUGCCAUUUUCUUUCGAUUCCGGAGGAUUCAAAUCACCGAAUCAAACCUAGGCUAUUCUCCACCGAUAAUGUAGUCUAUUGAUCAUAUUCUCCACGGAUGAUAAGUCCAUUAUGCACCAAUUUGGUCCAAUCUAUUUACGAAUGACAUUUUCGAUAAUUUUUGGGCGACGAAAGGCCAUUUUCUUUAGAUUUUGAAGGCUACAGAUCAUAGUUUCGGCCUGAGGCUAUUCUUUAACGAUAAUUUAAGUCCAUUAUGCACCAAUUUGGACGGAUUUAUUCCGGGUCAAUUUUUGGAAGAUUCCAAAGGGGUACCAUCACAGAUUUCGGUAGAUUUUUCCGAAAUGUCAUUUUCUUUCGAUUCUGGAGGCUGCAAAUCACGGAAUGAAGACAAUGCUAUUCUCCACCGAUAAUGAAGUCGAUUGAUCCUAUUCUCCACGGAUGAUAAGUCCAUUAAGCACCGAUUUGCUUCAAUUUAUUUUCGGAUGGCAUUUUCGUAAUUUUUUGGGCGACAAAAGGCCAUUUUCGUUGAAUUUUGAAGGAUACAGAUCACAGAUUCGGCCUGAGGAUAUUCUUUAACGAUAAUUAAGUCCAUUAACCACCAAUUUGGGAGGAUUUAUUCCAGGUCAAUUUUUGGCAGAUUCGAAAUGGGUACCAUCACAGAUUUCGGUAGAUUUUUCCGAAAUGCCAUUUUCUUUCAAUUCUGGAUGCUGCAAAUAACGGAAUUAGGACGAGACUAUUUUCCACCGAUAAUGAAGUCUAUUGAUCCUA